GAAUCCCCGAAUCUCCCAAGCUGAGAGCCAUCCAGAUCGUGCAACAAUUCACAAGAUGGAUGCUUUUACUCAAUCGUUGAAUCAAAUGCAACAAGAUUUUUCAUUCCGAAUGGAGGCACGAUUCGCUCGGUUAGAGACUUUAAUUGUGAGUACUUGUGCAUUGGAUAAACUUAUUGAUUUGUUGGAAAAUGUUUUAUAUGGAGAAAUUGAUCUAGACGACGGAGUGUGUGGAGUUUAUGAUCAUGUGGAUGAACUUAUAAAGACGCUCCGGUCGUUUCGUCAAACUACUGGUCAGCCAAAUUAUGACGCCGACUUGUACGCAUUUGAUGUCGAAAUCUCUUGCUCCAUACAAGAUUUGGUUCGUGGUCUCUCAAUUUUUCCGAGUUUGAUUCCAUGGGAGUUACAAAACUUUAGAACAAACAUGUUGGGCGCUAUAAAAGUUCUCAUUGACACUCCACCAUAUGUGCCAAAUGUGGCCUCUACAGUAAUUGAACAAAACGUUGAAGCAAUAAACAAAUAUGACGGGAGGUCCCACGUUGUGGACAAAAAUGAAGGCCCACUUGCAGCAUAUGUUGCUAAUGUCGACAAGCCAGAUCCUACUUUUCAGAAAUUUUCUACCUCAGCUGGUGUGGUCAUUGCAGAAUAUGAUAUUCCAAAAAGUGUUGACAAAGUGACCGAUGCAGAUGGUAAACAAGCACACUCACCUAUGUUGAUUGAUACCAUCAAGUUGUUUGAGCUUGUCGAUGUGGUCAAGAUGGAGCACCUGAUUCCACCAAGAGCAACUACAUAUGUUCUGCGCCCCGUCUCAUCUUUCCAUCACUUUGCUCCAAGAUCCACGAUGGUUGAAUAUUCAAAGAGUGGAUUGUUCCUCUGGUUCAACAUUCUUUCUCCGUUCCUAAAGCACGAGUGGGAGCCUCCACCUUGAGGACAAGGUGGAUUUUAAGGGGGU